UCCUAUUUGGUUGAAUUUCCGCGCAUGGCAAUGGCAUUGGCAUUGGCAUGUUCAUCUUUAUUAUAUAUAUUACUAUAAUUCAAAGUCCGGACAUUAACACUUUUUGAGUGGGUCUAUUUGCAUGCAUAACCGAAUAACAGAAUUAAGAAAGGAAUCUGUUAUUCAAAUCUUCUGCCCCAACUUUUGUUCAUCUUUAUCUUCUACUUGCUCAUUUUCUUGGGGCGAUCGAUGCAAUCACCCGGAAGUUUCACGUUUGUGAGCAUAAGAAGAAAGAAGGGAAGUCUCUGUCUCUUCCUCUGAUUCAGUACCCCACUCAAGAAUUUGAGACUAGCCACAGAAGUAUAGGUCUUCUCUCUGUUCUUGCUGGAUCCCAACACAUCAAGAAUUCAAGUGUCUACAAGCUAGACAAGGGUGGUGAGGAUGGAUGAAAUGCAGUCACAGUUAUGUCAUUACAAUGUAGUGUUAUUGUUGUUUGUUGUGAUGAUGAGCAUGGUGAUAAUGGCCACUAGUAGUGUGGGAGUGAACUGGGGGACGAUGGCGUCGCACCAGUUGCCUGCUCGGAAUGUGGUUGAUAUGCUGAAAGACAACGGUUUCGAUAAGGUGAAGCUGUUCGAAGCUGAUGAGGGUAUAUUGGAAGCAUUAUGUGGGACUGAUAUUGAAGUCAUGCUUGCAGUGCCUAAUUACAUGCUGGAGGAGAUGAGCCUCGACCCGGGUGCCGCUGCGUCUUGGGUGGAAGCCAACCUCACUGCCUACGCUUACCCUGGAGGAGUCAAUAUCAGGUAUGUUGCUGUUGGGAAUGAACCAUUUCUGAAAACCUAUAAUGGCACCUACCUACAACACACACUGCCAGCACUGAGAAACAUCCAGGAAGCAAUUAACCGCGCUGGGCUGGGGUCUGAAAUCAAAGCAAUCGUACCUUUCAAUGCUGACAUUUACUAUUCCCCGGAAUCAAAUCAAGUUCCUUCGGCUGGUGACUUCAGGCCGGAAAUACGUGACCUCACAGUUCAAAUCGUCCAAUACUUGUAUUCAAAUGCAGCGCCGUUUGUGGUUAACAUCUAUCCCUUCUUAUCUCUCUAUCAGAACACGUAUUUCCCUCUAGAUUUUGCCUUUUUUGAUGGAUCAAAUAGGCCGUUCAGGGAUGGCAACUAUGUUUACACUAAUGUGUUUGACGCGAAUUUCGACACUUUGGUUUGGGCUCUGACCAAAGCAGGGUACCCUGAUAUAAAGAUCAUAGUUGGAGAAGUGGGUUGGCCAACUGACGGUGACAAGCAUGCCAACAUCGAAAAUGCAAAGAGGUUCAACCAAGGGCUGGUUCGGCAUGCUUUGAGUGGAGAAGGAACACCUGCUAGGAAAGGAGAAAUAGAUGUUUACCUGUUUAGCCUUGUUGAUGAGAAUGCCAAAAGCAUUGAUCCGGGUAGCUUUGAGAGACACUGGGGAAUUUUCGAGUUUGAUGGGAAGCCAAAGUAUGAGUUGGAUUUGUCAGGUGUGCAGGCAAACAAAGGUUUAGUGGCUGUACAAGGUGUGAGAUAUAUGGUCAGAAGGUGGUGCAUUUUGAACCCGCAUGUGAAGGAUACGGAUCAAGAGUUGCGUGGAAACAUAGAUUACGCUUGUAGUCUAUCUGAUUGCACGUCUUUAGGAUACGGUUCUUCCUGUAAUCAUCUCAGUGUGCGAGGGAAUGCUUCCUAUGCUUUCAACAUGUAUUAUCAAUUCAGGAACCAAAACGAAUGGGAUUGUGAUUUCUCAGGUUUGGCUAUGAUCACAGAGAAGGAUCCUUCUGACGAUAGGUGCCAUUUUCCUGUUAUGAUUGCUUAUGGCAAUUCACUGUUGCUGCUGCAUAAGAAACUACUGGAUAUUUUGCUUGCCAUUCUUGAGGGAUGUAUAGUAUUUCUGCUUCUAGUCUCUUAGUUAACCAGCUAAAAUUCAAAAAAAAAAAACAGAAAGAAAGAAAAAAGCUGUUAGCUUUAGGGCAGAAACAAAUUUUCAUAAUGGUUUAUCUAAAGGCUAUCAGAUUUAUUUUUCUGUUCUAUGCAGAAACAGGGGAUAUGUUUGAAAAUAUUCUCUGGCUCAGCAAUGCAGCAUAUUUUUCUUGUAAUAUAGGACCUUAAAUAUCUGUAUCUAAGGUAAAUCAAGCGCUG